CCUCGUGAGGCUGAGUGCAGACGACGUGUCUACGAAACCGAAGGCAAUCUUCUUUCACUCCCUAUUCUAUCCUUCUGCUCUCUUUUGACCUACCUCCUCAUAUGCCAAUAACAGAGCUGUGCUUGACAUCACGAUGAGUUUUGGUUUUAGCAGUGGCAAUUUCAUCGCAGCGAUCGAGCUUGCGAACAGGAUCCGGAAGGAAUUCGUCAACGCGCCAGGCCAAUUCAAAGCUAUUUCUGACGAGGUCAGAGGCCUGUCAAUCACCCUCCAAGAUAUUGAUAUUAACCUAUCGGACCACGAACUCAACGAUCAGCAACAGAUACGCCUACAGGAAAUUUCUAGUAGCUGCCGAAAUGUCCUCAACGAACUAGAGGAAACAGCGAGGAAAUAUCAAGUAUUGGAAUACAAGGGUGGGAGUUUGAGUAUAAAGGCAAAGAGGGUUUGGAAGCGACUCAAUUUGGAGCCAGAGGACAUUCGCAAGCUUCGAGAUCGGAUUACAUCGAAUGUCCUAUUGCUCAGUACAUUCCUUGGAGAAAUAUCAAGUCAAAUAAUAACUGAGGCAAAACGUGGCAUAGAUCAAUUAAAUCAGAAACAAAACGAUCAAGAAUAACAAAUUAUUCUCGAUUGGCUUACUACUAUCGAUUAUGCUCUAUAACAAAGCGAUUUCAUUAAUCGGCGAGAAGCGGGGACUGGACAAUGGCUUAUUAAUUCGGAG